AUGUCUCAGGCAUCUAGAAUUGCCCUCGCCACGACAUCCACAUUCACCUGUGGAAUGAUUGCAUGGGUUCACUUCAGACAACGAGAAGAGAAAAAUACUAUGCAUCAGGGCGUUGUCCGUGACAUGGAGCGACAGCGCAUCAAGAGAGAGCGUGAAUUGGACUUUGAUAUGCAGCGCCAGUUGGAGGCAGAGUACAAGCUCGAGCAGAAUGUUCACAAUUCACUGGAACCUCUGGGCAACAAUUCAGCCCCGCCAAAGUAA